GAAUCUCUGGAUAGGAUGCGGAAGUUGGAUAGCUUUGUUCGUGAAACGCAGCGUCUUUCCGGUAUCCAGAAUGGUACGCCAGAUUCCGCCGCCUUCUUUCACUCCUACCCAGGGUUUCAUUGUAUUUAUGCUGACUCUCACCUCAAUUCAGCAUCCAUGAUACGUCUCGCAUUACAAGACUUCACCUUUUCCAACGGCGUUCGCGUUCCCAAAGGAGAAACCGUUGCGGCUGUCGGCAAUGCCCUGCACCAAGACCCAGAUGUCUAUGCAGACGCUCUUGAGUUUAGGCCGUUCCGUUUCUACGAGCUCGGAGAAGCCGAAAGAGCAGUCCAUACGUCCCACAAGUACGACAUGAUCACGCCGAGUCAUGACUACUUGGCUUGGGGAUUGGGCAAGCACGCUUGGUAUGUCCAGAUCCAUACUGUCUACAAAUACAACUCUGAUAGAAUUGAUCGUCGCAAUCGUCACCCAACCUUCACUCAUACCACGGCACCAACUCGACGGUUCAGCCCCGGGAGAUGGUAUGCGUCCAUGAUCGUGAAACACCUCCUCGCCUACGUCCUCAUAUUCUACGAGUUCAAGUUCACCGAUGCGACUGCGGCUGCUGCCAUGAAAGCUAACGCGAACUUACCCACGGGGAAAGCUGGCACCACAAAGACCAGACCCAAGGACCUCGAACUCGGUGGAGGCUGCCUCCCAAACACUAAGGCAGAGAUGCUGUUUAGGAAGCGCAAGGAUGAAGAUGUCGCAUUUCUUUCAUCGGAUUAG